UGAUGACUUCAUUAGAACAGGUCCGAUAAUUAUCCACAAUUAAUCAAAUUUAAAUAGCAGGGUUGAUCUUUGGAUCAGAAUAAAGAGCUAAGUAUAUUUAAUAGUUAAUAAAAGAGAAGUGAAACAAUUUUUAGUUGACUGUGAAAAAAUACCAGAAGUCUAAACAAAUGCUGACUUUUAUAAUUGGAGUAGGAAAAAACAAUUCUUAUCAAAAGAUAAAUAGGGGUUUAGUUUCAUGAAGAUGAUUAAUAAUUAAGUAAUGAGAUUAGAAUAAUAAAUAAUCUUAGGUUGAUGAUAUGGAAUAAUACACAGGACCUAUGAUAUAUAGUGCUACAACGAAUCAUUAUGGAGUCUAUUUAGCAAUGGUUGUGCCAGCAUUGAAGAUUUUAGGAACUUAAGAAUAAAUAAAUGCGUAUCAAUCUAUAUAAUAAUUAGUUGGUUAGAUGAUUUAAUUCAAAUUCGUAAAGCUGCUUGUUAUGCAUAAACUGAAUUAGGUCAUGGAUCAGAUAUUUAAAGUUUAUAAACUACUGCUACAUAUGAUAAGCAGACUUAAGAAUUUGUAAUAAAUACUCCUACCAUUUAAGCAGCAAAAUGUAUUCAAUUUAAAUAAAAUUAGUUUGGCCAGGAGAUCUAGGUAUUCUAGCUAAUUGGGCAUUAGUUUUUGCUUAAUUAAUAGUAGAUGGAACAAAUUAUGGAGUCUAAUCAUUUAUGGUUUAAAUUCGAGAUGAACAAACUCAUAAGCCUUUAAAAGGAAUAGAAGUUGGAGAUAUUGGACCCAAGAUGGGAUAUUAAGUUAAAGACAAUGGAUUCUUAAAAUUUGAUAAUGUUAGAAUUCCUAAGUUUAAUAUGUUGGCUAAAUAUAUUUCAAUCUCUCCAUAAGGAAAGGUAAUGAAGGAGGGAGAUCCAAAAAUAUCAUAUGCUUCAAUGAUGAUGAUGAGGAAAUUGUUAAACACUGUUUAUCCAAAAGCAGCUGCAAUUUCAUUAACUAUUGCUUUAAGAUACUCUUAUACAAGAUAGCAAUUCACAAAUGAUAAAGGAGUUGAGAAUUCUGUUAUUGAAUAUUAAACUCAAUAACAUAAAUUAUUGCCAUUAUUAGCCAAUUUAUUUGCAGUUGUUUUGUCAGGAAAUGUUACUUCUAAAUUUGUAGAUUUGAAUUUUACUGAAGUUUAGAAAGGCAAUUUCUCACAUAUGAAUGCAUGUCAUUCAUUACUUUGUGGAACAAAAGCUAAUUAUACUCAUUUUGUAGUAAAUUGUGCUGAAUGGUGUAGAUUAUCUUGUGGAGGACAUGGUUAUGCUCAUUAUUCAGGAUUGCCUAGUAUUUAUUAAGAACAUAGUCCAAAUGUAACAUUAGAAGGAGAGAAUCAAAUUAUGUUUCUGUAAUUGGCUCGUUGUUUAUUGAAACUAUUAAAAACUUCAUAAAAAAACCCUGAAAAAAUCCCUGAAUAAUUUUCAUUAUUUAAAAGAGUAAAUAAUUAUUCAUAUUUUAUUUAGAUUAAUGAAAUCCUAUCAUUUAAAUGUGAUCAAUUCUAAACAUCAAAUAUCUUAUCACUCUUGGAAUCAUCAGUGAUUCAUCUUAUUACUUAGACUGGGAUGAAAAUGAUGUAAGAAAUAUAAGGAGGUUUGAAUCCUAAAGCUGCUUGGGAUUAUAAAUUAGGUAAAAUCUAUAAAUAUUAUAAUAGGCACCUCACUUUGGGAAUCAGCCAAUUAUUUUAUAGAGUACUAUAAAUUUGUUUGUUUCUAGAACACAAUUUUAUAAGUUACUCAUAAAUAAACUUAAGUUGUAUUAACAAAUUUAUUAAAUCUAUUUGGUGUCACAAUUCUUUUAUAAAAUCCUUUAGCCCUUUUAGAAAAUGAUGUUAUUACAUAAUAAACAAUGAAAUAAAUAAGGGAUGAAUAUGAAAAUUUAUUAAAUUUAAUUAAACCUGAAGUAAAAAUAUAUAAUAUUUCAAGGCACUCUCAUUAGUAGAGUCAUUCUGCUUAGCAGAUGGAGGUCUUAGAACAACCAUUGGAAGAGCCGAUGGUAAGCCAUAUGAAUAUACAUAUGAUUGGGCUGUUAAUGAGAAUUCAUUAAAUAAAAUUGAUUUUUCAAAUACAGUUAAUCAAUUAAAGAAUUGUAGACCCAAAUUAUGAU